AUGGCCCAAAAGGCCAGCCCACCCAGCGAGUUUCCAAAACGAUACACUCUGUCUUCCCCGCACCUGAGUCCGGAUGGAGGUUCUUUUUUGACAAAACUGUUACGAACAAUAGAAAGCUCCUUUUGCGUAACCUUUCGCGAACAUAUUGCCCAUCCAGCCUUCGAAAAACCUCGUGAACAAAUCCACGCUGCCAAUGAGGCCACUCUGCAGCAUCUCUUCGGCGUUGUCAAAUGGGAGGAUGGAAGGUCUCACACAGCUCAGGCCUUCGAAGUACGACUUAAAUCCUUCCGAGCCUUCCAGACUUGUUUCGAUCGAAUAAUGCAGGACUCUGUGAAAUUCGCUAAGCGCAUUCCCGGAUUCUCCGAUCUCCUACCAGAAGAUCGUAUGGUUCUCGUACAGUCAGGUUGUUUCGAACUCGCCUGCGUAAUAUUCAGUUUCUAUGUGGAUGAAGAGAGUCAGACGUUUUGUGGUCCAGGUAACUUCACCCUCUCCCAGAGUCAGAUGUGGCUUGCCUUUCCAAUGAGCAAAAAGUUCGUCAACCUACUCUUUGAUUUCGCCUUUCAAGUGCAGUCACACCGGUUGGAACCGCUUAAGCUAGGUCUUCUACUAGCUGUUCUCCUGGUUACGCCAAUUCGUGAGGGAUUGACAAGCCGCGAGGAGGUAACGUGGCUUCGUGACCUUAUUUGUCAGGCGUUUCGUUUCGAACUUAUGGUCACCCACUCCGAUGGUGUGGCUCUCUUCAACCACCUUGUCUCGAGCAUCCGUGAGGAGCUCCAGCGUCUAGCGGCUGAACACCGACGUCAACUGGAUAUAAUGCGUGCUGCGGGCUUCACCUUUCAGAACGACCUGUAUAGCGAAACCUUUUCUCUUGUCUAG